UGGAGGGAGAGGGAGGGGAAGGAGAAUGAGGGAAAAAUCAUGGGAACAGAGAUGUGUGGGGUGCAGAAAAGAAAUCCCAGAGACAAAGGGAGAGAGACUGAUGGAGAGAGUGAUUUGUGCAGAGGAAGGAGGAGAGACUGAGGAGCAAAAGGCGAGAAGCAGCAUUCACAGGCUGGGCUUUGGGUCAGCCCAGCUCCAGCUGUUACGGCCAUUUGAGAGGGAACCAGAGGAUGGAAGACCUCUCUCACUCUCGCUCUGUAACUCUGCUUUUCAAAUAAAAUAAAUCUUUAAAAAAAUAAGAUAAUAACUUUAUGUUAUGUGUACCUUACCAAAAUAAUUUUAAAUGAAUUCUUCUUUUCACUCCAUUAUGGCUCAUUUCUUUCAAUUUCAUGAAAGUUGUUCCUGUGGAUUGCAGCAGAAAUCCACAUGAGUAAGGCUGGGGUCUUCUCAUUGAUGUCAGUCAUGGUGAAGGGUAGAUCCAUGUGCUCAGCCUUUGCAGCAUGGCCACUAGGAAGUGAGCCACAGUCCUUUUGAUGGAGAUAAUUUAAAUGAAUCACACAUUGACUUAAAUUAUGUAGUGCCUGGUGCAGAUUGGAGGUUAAAAUACAGUUUAUGUGCAUAUUGCAAUCGUUAUGGUCUAUGCUGGAUGUGACUUUUUCUCACAUUAGUACAUUAGUGAAUAUUACCUCUAACACAAAUCCUUCACAGGUUUUUAAUACUUCUUAGCAAAAUUCCAUGAAGAUAUGAAAAUUAUUUUUGCUGGAUAUAGUCAACAAUUAGACACAAGGAUGGCUAAUAUGCCAGUAUUGAUUUCAAUGUUUUGCUAAAGAUCCAGUCUUUCAUAUGGGUAACCUUGAGCAAUAAUUAUAUAAUGUACCCCUGAUUCCAUCUACAGUAAUAGAAACAUUUCUUUAGCCAUUUCAAUAAUACAUGGGCUCUCUAGCUCCUGCACCUUGGUCUCAUGCAGGUUUGGGGAUCUUCUCCAUUUUUUUUUCUAACAGGCAGAGUGGAUAGAGAGAGAGAGACAGAGAGAAAGGUCUUCCUUUUGCCGUUGGUUCAAGCUCCAAUGGCUGCCGCGGCAGGCACGCUGUGGCCGGUGUACCGCGCUGAUCCAAAGCCAGGAGCCAGGUGCUUCUCCUGGUCUCCCAUGUGGGUGCAGGGCCCAAGCACUUGGGCCAUCCUCCACUGCACUCCCGGGCCAUAGCAGAGAGCUGACCUGGAAGAGGGGCAACUGGGACAGAAUCCGGUGCCCUGACCGGGACUAGAACCCGGUGUGCCGGCGCCUCAAGGCGGAGGAUUAGCCUAUUGAGCCGCAGCACCGGCCUCUUCUCCAUCUUAAAACAAGAAUCAUGUGGUGGACAUCAGGCCCAGCAGUUAAGUCACUGGUUAGGACACUCAUUAAACUGCCUGUGUUUGGAGCCGCUUCUCCUGGAUUCAACCUGGGAGCAGAACCAUGUUUGCUGAUUGUAAUUUGUUGGAGGUAGCAAAAUCUUGAUUAACUGACAAUUCAGAUAUGCAUGUCUGAGGCCAACAUUGUGGUUCAGGGAGAUAAACUGCCCAGUUACAAUGCUGACAUCCCAGAUCAGAAUGACAAUUUUAUUCCUGGAUGCUUCGCUUCUAAUCCAGCUCUCUGCUAUUUUAUCUGGGAAGGCAGCAUAUGAUGACAAAAAUUCAUGACCUCCCACCCCAUAUCCCUGUGGAAGACUGGAAGGAGCUCCUGGCUUCUGUAUUCAGUUCAACCAACUACUGUCUGUUGGGGCCAUUUGUAGAGUGAACCAGUAAAGAGAAGAUUCUUUCCCUCUCCCUUCCAAAUAAAUAAAUAAAUAAAUUUAGAAGUUGCAUAUGUCUAUUUAGGAGAAAAAGCUUUGUGAUGUAGAGUAACAGAUAACCAAAUCCAUGGACUUUUCAUUAUAGAUCUGUUUGAACACAGCUACAAAUGUCUAAAUAUGAGCCAUUUCUAUUUUAAUUUACAUAUUUAUACUGAUGGGUCUACAGUGCUUAAAGUGGCUCUAAAACAUAAUUGCACAUUCAUCAUCUUCAAAAAUGAAAGGGACUGUGCUAAAUUGCUGUUUUCCUACUUAUCAUAUGCUAAUUUUUUUCUAAAUCCUCAGUAUGAUUUAAAUGCCCCAUCUGACACUCAUGUUGAAAUUUAACCUGAGUUAAGUUUAAAUGUGUUGCCCCUCACUCUGUACCUACAUUUUUUUCCAUGGAACAAACAACAAGGCCAUCACCAUUUGGUAGUCCCUCCACCUUAGGUUUUUCAACCUAUGGAAUGCUGAGGGAACACUUUUCUGCUGUUUGUAAAUUAUUAUCUUGUAGCACCAUAAAAUCAAAUCACAUCUCCUAGAAUAAAUUAUUUAGUUAACAUAAUUAUACCCAUAACCAAUGCAAUCACAUGCUAAAGUAACUGUGAAAUUGUAACAUUGCAGCUGCUUAAAUUAAACCAGAAAGGAAUUAAUUUAAGUAUUGUGGAUCCAAGAAAUUUUAGAAGUAAGAUAGAGUAUCUGUAUAUUAAUUAAAUUCCCUGUAUUAGUUAGAUUAGCAAUAAUAAUGUCACCGUGUGAUAGUUUUAAUGCAAUUUCAUGUAUAAUUCACAGUGCAUAAUUUAUGAUGUUUUCCUCUUGAUGAUUGAAAGCUAGACUUUGACAAUACCUUCUGGAUUCGAAGAAAAUUCAAAGAAGGAUUUCUGGGAUGGAAACCGAAUCCAAGAGAGCUCCAGGACCAUUGUGAAGAUAGGAAGAUAGAAAGCAAACUUCUGGUAGGCAGAAUAAUUCUUUCUGAUGACAUGAGACCUAUCAUUUUGUUUGUUUACUUUUCAGAUAUGCAUGAUAUUAAGAUGAGCAUUCUUGAUGUUCCUGUUGCUGUUGAUAAAUAUCUUCUUUUUCAAGCUGGCAUUGGAAUCUCAGCCAACACCUUCCUCCUCCUCUCUCACAUCUUCACACUCCUGUUGGAUCACAGGCAUAAGCCCACUGACCUGACCAUUUGUCACCUGGCCUUCACCCACAUAAUGUUGCUCCUUACUGUGCUGUUUUUGUUCUCAGCGGACCUGUUUGAGUCAGUGAAUGUUUGUAAUGACUUCAAGUGUAAAGUUUUGCUCUACACAAACAGAGUAAUGAGGGGCCUCUCUCGACACCUCUCCAUCUGCAACACCUGCCUCCUGAGUGUCAUCCAGGCCAUCACCAUCAGUCCCUUCACUUCCUGGUUGGCACAGUUUAAAUACAAAUCAAAAUAUUUUAUUUCCUAUUGCUUCCCCUUCAUAUGGUUAAUGUGUUUGUCUUUCAGUACUAGCACACUCGUCCACACUGUGGCAUCUUCCAAUGUGACCCAGACCAACCUGAUGGCUAUCACUAAAUACUGUUCAUUUUUCCCCAUCAGCCAUGACAUCAUGGCCUUGAUAAUCACACUGACAACAUGCAGGGACGUCUUCCUUGUGGGAGUCAUGCUGCUCUCAAGUGUGUACAUGGUGAAAAUCUUGACCAAGCAUCAGAGGAGGUCCCAGCACCUUCACAGCACCAGCCUCUCUCCAAGAUCCUCCCCAGAGAAGAGGGCCACCCAGACCAUCCUGCUGCUGGUGAGUUUCUUUGUGGUCAUGUACUGGGUGGACUUCAUCAUCUCAUCCUCCUCAGUGAUAAUGUGGGCAUAUGACUCAGUCAUCCUGUUUGUGCAGGGUUUUGUGGUCAACGUAUAUGCCACUGUCAGUCCACUGGUGCUUAUUAGUUCUGAAAAAAGGAUCAUAAAUAUUUUGCAAAAUAUUCCAUGGAAAAUCUUAGAAUUUUAAUUAAUAAAUGAAAAAAAUGGCCUUGCAGAAUGUGUGUGGUGCAGCAUUUAGAGCCCUCCUGGGGUGCCCACCUGCCAUUUUCUAUGUCUGAGUUUGAUUCCUUCCUGUGUUUCUGAUCCAGCUUUCAGCCAGUGCACACUCUGGAGGAUGGCAAGUGCUGGAUCAAGUACUUGUGCUCCUAUCACCUAUGUGAUUGGGCUAGCAGAGUUCUAGGCUUCUGGAAUUGACCUGGGCUACUCCUGGGCAAGGACAUUUGAGUAUUGAGCCAGCAUGUGC